GGGCUCGGAGCGCUCAUGUUCCAACUUUUAAAAGUCGAGGACUUUCCAGUUUCAUCUCCCACAACUCAGUCACGCCUCCCUUUACCCAGUUCCUGGAACGCAUGUUGUUUUGUGCCUCCUCGUUUGCAUUCUUACUUUCCCUUUGGCCAGACUACCCUGGCUCACAUCAUAGCCAACAACAGCAAGAAACAUAGCAUAAGAUUUGUGACGUUGUCUGCAACAAAUGCCAAGACAAAUGAUGUACGCGAUGUCAUAAAACAAGCCCAGAAUGAAAAGAGCUUUUUCAAAAGGAAAACCAUACUUUUUAUUGAUGAGAUUCAUCGGUUCAAUAAAUCUCAGCAGGACACGUUCCUUCCUCACGUGGAAUGUGGGACAAUCACUCUGAUUGGGGCAACCACGGAAAACCCUUCUUUCCAAGUCAACGCUGCUCUUCUGAGCCGAUGUAGGGUUAUUGUUCUCGAGAAGCUUCCGGUAGAGGCAAUGGUGACUAUUUUAAUGCGAGCAAUCAACUCACUGGGCAUCCACGUCCUAGAUUCCAGCCGUCCCACGGACCCUCUGAGCCACAGCAGCAACAGCAGUUCUGAACCCUCUGUCUUCAUAGAGGAUAAAGCCGUGGACACUCUGGCUUAUCUCAGCGAUGGGGACGCCCGGACGGGGCUGAACGGGCUGCAGCUGGCUGUGCUGGCCAGGCUGAGCUCCAAGAAGAUGUUUUGUAAGAAAAGCGGGCAAGCCUAUCCUCCCAGCAGAGCUCUGAUCACUGAGAAGGACGUGAAGGAAGGCCUCCAGAAGUCACACAUUUUGUAUGACCGAGCGGGAGAGGAGCACUACAACUGCAUCUCCGCUCUCCACAAGUCCAUGCGGGGCUCGGACCCCAGCGCCUCCCUCUACUGGCUGGCACGCAUGCUUGAAGGAGGUGAGGACCCGCUGUAUGUGGCCAGGAGGCUGGUGAGGUUCGCCAGUGAGGACAUAGGUCUGGCAGACCCAUCCGCAUUAACACAAGCCGUGGCUGCCUACCAGGGCUGUCAUUUCAUCGGCAUGCCUGAGUGUGAGGUGCUUCUGGCCCAGUGUGUAGUCUAUUUUGCCAGAGCCCCAAAGUCUAUUGAGGUGUACAGCGCCUACAACAACGCCAAAGCCUGCGUGCGCAGCCACCAGGGCCCUCUGCCCCCCGUCCCGCUGCACCUGAGGAACGCGCCCACCCGGCUCAUGAAGGACCUGGGCUAUGGCAAGGGCUACAAGUACAACCCCCUGUACAGUGAGCCCGUGGACCAGGAGUACCUGCCCGAAGAGCUGAGAGGAGUGGAUUUCUUCAAGCAGCGGCGGUGCUGACUCUUAGGCGAGACAGCAGAAGGAUGUUCCUUUCUUUCUUUCUUUCUUUCUUUCUUUUUAUUUUUAGCAAGAAUGGCCAGAAA